AUGGUUUCCUUCGCGGCAGAUCCUCCUGGAGAGGGCCGGCCCAGACGCUAUUACGCCUUCAAGGACUGCGAUGUGCCCUUAGACCAGUUUGUGCUCCAGAGACUGAAAAUGGGCACCCGUCAGCAGAUCGAGAAUUACCCCGGAAUGGUGCUACCAAUGGGUGCUGGCUACACUUUGAACCAUGCUGGAGAGGUUCAAAAAAACAUUUUCAGAUGGGCGUGUUUCAAUGAGAACUUCACCAGCGUUGGGCCGAACGCAAACCUUGGGGAUGCAAGGACCAGCAUGUCGAAGGAGACGUGGUUCACCUUCACAGAUUGCCGGUACAGAUACAAGGGCGGCACCUGGGGUGUUUUCAGAGGCGUAUGGGCUAGAGCUGGCCAGUCCGAUCCUCGCGAGCCCAGAUCGAAGCGCACUCGUGAGAAGUUGCAGGAUGUCGGCGGUCGCCUGCAAGGUAGAGCACCUCUAUGGCUAUGGGACGAGGCUCAUAGCUCGAAGAUGCCUGUUCUUGGAAGAGGAUUGAGCAUCUCGCCCCCUGCAUCACCACCCACAGCGAGAGGUAGCGGUCGGCUGCGUCGACAUGAUCAUGAGGGGCUCAAAGAGUACCAAUACUACUCUUACGCCAAACCACGCAAGCCGUCCUUGCCUAUACAUCGCAAAUCGAACCUCGACCAGCGUCCAUCAAUUCCAUACCGAUCCAAUCGGCGCCGUAGGAACUAUGUUGAGGACGACGAGUCUGAGGAGCUGCGGCCUGAGCUGAAUUCUGCUGCAUGUUCCGACUUCGCGUCGACAUCGGAGUAUAUGACUGAUUAUCAGUCCUAUGGUUCGGAUUCCGUGGUCACAUCUGGGGACGAAAGACUUCGUUCUAUUUCCAGAUCAGGAGUAGAGAAAGAAAAGUCAAGAAGACACGAUCCACCCUUGGAAAGGGAUUCUUCGAGCAGGCUCGAGUAUCGAACGCCGAGAGCGUAG